AUGGCCCCGAAAUUCAAAAAACCCGAUCCAAAGCCUCAACCAAAAACCACAACCCCAAACUGGCCUCCUCUCCGUCCCCUCCUCCCCGCCGCCGAUCUAACCCUGACCCCCCUCCUCACCGACCAAAUCUACCUAAUCCACAACUUCCUUCCAGGCACCCUCUGCAAAACCUACGCCUCAUUCCUCGCCUCACUACCACUAACCACAACACCGGGAACCCCAAAGAAAGACGAGGCAUUACGCGUCAACGACCGGUUCCAGAUCGACGACGCACGGUUUGCAGAGAUGCUAUGGAGCACGACGGCAUUGAAGGAGCUUGUCACGACGCGCUUUGAAGAAGAUGAGUACGGGUACGACCAGAAUGCCGAGGAAGAUGAUAAUGCGCUUGCUGAACGCGCACGUCAACUCUGGGGCGGGGAGCCGUUGGGGUUGAAUCCUAAUAUUCGCAUUUAUCGAUACUCUGCAGGACAGUUUUUCGGACAACAUUGUAAGGAUCUCUUCGUCUUCGCAUUAUACAAUCACUUCUAUACAACCAAGCAAGCCAAAAGGCCAAAAUCUAAUACAUCGCAAUCAAUCGCAGACGACGAUGCCAAUAACAUAACCUUCCCCGCACUGAACUCGCGCUCAAAAGCAACACCCGCACGCACAACCUGGACUCUACUGGUCUACCUGACAUCCUGCACAGGUGGUGAAACAAUAUUCUACCCGGAGCCCACGCGCGCGAAUCGCAAUCCGGAGCCGAUAGCGGUUGCGCCAGAGGCUGGGAUGGCGCUGUUGCACCGACAUGGAGAUAAUUGUAUGAUACAUGAGGGGGCUGAGGUUACCGGGGGAGAAAAGUGGGUUUUGAGGAGUGACUUGGUUGUUCCGAGGUGA